GAUAAUGUGGAGAGGGCAGAUGCACUCCAGUUAACGGUGGAGGAAUUUGUUGAGCGUUACGAAAAACCUUACAAGCCUGUAGUCUUGCUGAAUGCUCAGGUGGGCUGGUCUGCCCAAGAGAAGUGGACUCUGGAACGACUGAAACGCAAGUAUAGGAACCAGAAGUUCAAAUGUGGGGAGGACAAUGACGGUUAUUCUGUGAAGAUGAAGAUGAAAUACUACAUAGAGUAUAUGGAAACCACACGUGAUGACAGCCCGCUCUACAUCUUUGACAGCAGUUAUGGAGAGCACCCCAAGCGCAGGAAACUCCUGGAGGACUACAAAGUACCCAAAUUCUUCACUGAUGAUCUGUUUCAGUAUGCAGGGGAGAAACGAAGGCCACCUUACAGAUGGUUUGUGAUGGGCCCACCUCGUUCUGGAACAGGAAUUCACAUCGAUCCCUUGGGAACUAGUGCGUGGAAUGCCUUAGUCCAGGGACAUAAGCGUUGGUGCCUGUUCCCUACCAGCACUCCCAGAGAGCUGAUCAAAGUGACACGAGAAGAGGGAGGGAACCAGCAGGAUGAGGCUAUCACUUGGUUCAAUGUCAUCUAUCCUAGGACGCAGCUCCCCACCUGGCCCGCUGAAUUCAAACCCCUGGAAAUCUUACAGAAACCAGGCGAGACAGUCUUUGUGCCAGGUGGCUGGUGGCAUGUAGUUCUCAAUCUUGACACAACUAUUGCCAUCACGCAAAACUUUGCCAGCUGUACCAACUUCCCUGUGGUGUGGCACAAGACAGUGAGAGGGAGACCCAAAUUGUCACGGAAAUGGUACAGGAUCCUAAAGCAGGAACAUCCUGACUUGGCAGCCUUGGCUGAUUCAGUUGACCUGCAGGAAUCUACUGGUAUAGCGUCCGAUAGUUCUAGCGAUUCUUCCAGUUCCUCAAGCUCCAGCUCCUCAGACUCUGAUUCAGAGUGUGACUCUGGCUCUGAGACAGAGGGGAUGAUGCACCGGAGGAAAAAGAGGAGAACAUGCAGCAUGAUGGGUAACGGUGAUACAACUUCCCAGGACGACUGUGUGAGCAAAGAGCGCAGCUCCUCCAGGAUUAGGGAAUCUUGUGGAGGCCGCAGCUACCCCUGAGAGAUAACGACACCCACCUAGAGGCAGCUGCCGAUCGAAGCUCCGUUAGCAGCCAGCCAGCUCUGUUCUACCCCCUUCUGCUUCUAUUUCUCACAGUCCUUAAGUUUUUGUCAUUCUUCCUUGAUCCAGACAUCCAUCUUCAUUAUGUGCUGUCGAAGGUUGGCUCCUUAAUAACUCCUAGGGGAAUGCCCCGACUCUACAUUAUUGUGCAAUGCUUUGUCCCCUCUGCGCCCCAAGUGAGUGCACUAAUAACCCAGUGUUGGGUAAGGACAUGCCAAGUAUUUAAUGGUUCACGUAACUGGCAAGGAAGACGACGGUCAGUUUUUAAAGAACUCUUUUUAAAAUGAGCAGGUAAAUGUAAAAACCUGCCUUGCUUUGAC